CCUAAAGUGGUUGAGAAUUUUCGAACCAACGCUGAAGGCAUUCGCCAGGACGUCCUCAAGACUAUUUGGCAACCUACGCUAUGGCCCAAUCACAAACAUGCUUAGCGAAUUUUCACACAAGAGUAGUGGUAUAUCUUUGUUUACGGCUCUUCAGCGGCCCUGUUCGUCCGCCUGCCUUUUCUAGCUGGAUCCAAUGGUGCUAUCCCAUCCUGUAGUUUAGGGGUCAGUCUCUCAAUAUCAAUGAUUUACACGGUCCUCUCAAUCAUCCACGCGGGCACAUCAGGGUCUCUUCAGAAUGUAUUUCUUCUAAGUACAAGGUUUUCUGAGAGGAGCUUGUUUCAAUAUACCUAAGUACAACUACAACAGGGGCUUAGGGUCUGACUGUCAAUUUUCGAUCAUGGAAUUCUCGUAGAUUUUUUGGGGAAUCAUAGAAGAGCAAGAGUUAGAGAGAGACUCUCUUCAUAUCUGCUUGAGGCUGUGCGCACGGAGCGUGAGAAAUUGCAGGAGGAACCGUCAGCAUCAGAGUCAGACGCAGGUACUGUGUAUAGUAUUUACAUCAUUGAUUGUCCCGUUUGUAGUCGUUCUUCAAGUCAUGCAUUGACUUUAGACGCGCCGACUCCUAUCCUAUGCUCUCUCAUCUCUAGUACACGUUUCCAGUGUCCACAGACAGGAGUCGCACAGGCAUGAUUACCCAAGACUUAUGCCAUGCCUCUCAUGAAAAUAUACCCUUAUGCCAUGAUGUUAUCUGAAGACAGAUGUACUCACGACUUCAUAGCUGGUAGUUCAGAAUUAUAAGUACCACUCAAAUUUUGUAUCAUAUCCUACAACUUCAUAACCCAGAAUCCGUCAUCAAACCUGAACCGGUGGAGCUUGGAGACAUCACACCCAACGAACUCAAGGAGGGGAAAGUCCCAGCCACACCUGAACUCGAAAAUUAUGCUGCUUCGUGCAUAUUAGUAUUUAGAGUACUAACAAUCGGCCUCAUUUCCUUCAGAGCCUUGCUUAAGAAGCCUUCCCUAAAGAAAUGGAAACCCUUAAGGAAUUUCUAUUAUGCAAAAAUAUUAUAGCUUUUCCUUAAGGAACAAAAAUGCUCCUUAAGGAGCUCCCUUAAGGCCUAGCUAUUAUAUAUAGAAUUGGGCUGAUAGUAGGCCCUUCCUUAAGGGCCUCAGCCCUUAGCUUGCUGGCUCAGCAAUGGCCAGCUAGCUAGCUGCUUGCCCCUCGCUAGCGAGCUUGCUGGCUUGCGCCUUGCCUGGGGCUAGCUGGCUAGUUUAGCCGUAGCUAGCCCGCUAGGUGCUUAGCCAUAGCUAGCCUGCUAGCUGCUUAGCCAUGGCUAGAUAGCAAGCUAGCUGUUUCGCCAUAGCUAGGGCGCUAGCUGGUUAGCCAUUAUAGCUAGCUUGCUAGCUGCUUAGCCAUAGCUAGCGCGCUAGACGCUUAGCCAUGGCUGGCUUGCUUGCUGGCUCCUUAGGUUAGCCGCAGGUAGCUUGCUAGCUGCUGCGCCAUAGCUAGCGGGUUUAUUAGGUAGCUGCCCAGCUCUGCUUAGCCAGCUAGCUACUUCCUUGCUUGGCCAUAGCUAGCUUGCUACCGGCUUGGCCAUAGCUAGCCUGAUAUUAGCUGCUUCGCCAUAGCGAGCUUGGUAGCUGCUUGAGGAGACCUAGCUCGGCAGCUGCUUAGCUAUAGCCAGCUUCCUGGCUUACUCGUAGCCAGCUUGCGCCGUAGACUAGUCCUAUCUGUCUAGUCCGUCGCGUACCUAUGCCCAGUGUAGCGGGCCCUUCAUGGGCCCGCUUUCUGGGCAUGUAUUAGUAUCUAUUUUAGGGUAAACGACUUUUCUCAAAUCCUUAAGGGUCUUCCCUAAGUGCCUUCCUUUAGGAAAUUGAUCCUCUUAAAGAAUUUCUAUUACAAAAAGUUACUAUAACCUCCCCUAAGGCAAGAACUCUCCUGAAGGAGGCUCCUAAAGGCACAGCUGUUAUAAGCUUAGGCUAAUACUAGCCGCACCCAUAAUAAGGGCCGCCGCCACCUCGCAAGGGCCUUGGCUUGCUAGCUUAGCCAUGGCCAGCCUGCUAGCUGCUCCUUCGCCUUAGGUAGCUUGUGUGCUUACGCCUUACCCGUAACUACCUGGCUAGGGUAGCCGUAGCUAGGCUGCUAGCUGCUUAGCCAUAGCUAGUAGGCAAGGUAGCUGCUUGGCCCUAGCAAUCUGGCUAGCUGCUUAGCCAUGGCUAGCUUGCUGGCUGCUUAGGUAUGGCUAGCUUGCUAGCUGCUCGUGCUCCGCCAUAGCUAGCGAGCUUACGAGGCAGCUGCUCGGCCUUAUCCAGCUAGCAAGCUAGCCGCUUCGCCAUGAUAGCUAGCUUGCUAGCCGCUUGGCCAUCGCUAGCUUGCUCCUAGCUGCUUAGCCAUGGCUAGCUUGGUAGCUGCUUCUUUUGCGAGACCUGGCGCAGCAGCUGCUUUCGUAGCCGUAGCCAGGCCAGCUCGCUGUCUAGCUUGGCCACGACCGCCCUGCUAGCUUAGCCCGGCAGCCACAGCCAGCCGCUUAGCUUAUAAUCUUGGCCAGCUUGCCAGCUCCGCCAUGUCUAGCAUGCUAGCUUUGCCAUGGCCACUCCAGCUCGCUAGCUUAGCCACAGCCAGCUUGCUACCUUAGCCACAAGACAGCGACUGCCGGCCCGCUUUUUUAGCCAUGAGGGGCGCCCAAGAUAGUCCAUCCCGAACCAGCUGCGUGUUGCUAGUGCUUGGUGGCUUAGGGGCUUGCGCCGUAGUCUUAUCUGUCUAGUUGCUAAGUAUGUAACCUAUGCCCAGUGCAGCGGGCCCUUGAUCGGCCCGCUUUCUGGGUAUGUGCUUAUAUAUGUUCCAGUUCCAGGGCCCCGGGCUGAAGCCCCCCUCCCUGAUCUCAAUUUUUGAUGGGGUGCCUCCAGCCUCGGACCCUUUUUCUCGAGGGACUGCCAGGCGGGAAGGCCUCCAAGCGCCCGCCUUCGCGCCCUCGCGGGUUCUGGCUUGUACCCUACAGAACCCAAACUCCUGGGGCCGUUCAAGCACCGACGGCCGGGGGUGGAAGGCUUCUGAAGGCGGCAAAGGUGGCAAGGCUUGGCCCCCUGGCCUUGUUGCAUGUACCCGACAGGCCUCCUGCGUGCGGGCUCCUCACUGGGGGGGUUUCUUGGGUGGUGGAAGGCCUCUAAGGGCAGCAGGUGGCAAGGCUUGACCCCUUUCGCCGUGCUGCAUGUAUCUAUCCGACAGAACCCAGGCGGGCGCGCCUUGCCCCUGCUCCUCCUCGCCUUUGGUCUUCCACCUCCUGGAUUUUUGGUGGCGGCUGACGCUGCCACCAAUGAAUGAGGGGGACGAUGGCCAAAGGGGCCAGGCCUCGCGACCGUGGCCGCUGAGGCGGCCUUCUGUUCCCGGAGCCCGUCUUCCUGACAGGGUCCACGAGUCGGGACGCCUGUGGGGUACACGCGCAGAGCCGCAAGGCGACUCCGGCAGCUUCUCCUUUUGCGGCCUUGCUUCGCCCACGGGAGUUCUUUCUUUCACGCCACCACCGCGGAAAAAAGGGCGCGCCGACGCCACCACAGCUCCAUCCACAGGUGGGACCCUCUCCCUGGUACAUAUAUCGCUCUAGAUUGUCUGAGUUCCCUCGGUGCUGAUGUCAUCGUCUGUCUAUGAUAAAGCCCUCGCUGCUCGUUGCUGUAACGAUUACUCAUCUAAAGCAGGUGCUCACACUUGAUUUUGAUUGCUCAAGUAAGUUGAUUCUGAUUACUUACUCAACUUCUUCAUAAAGUAAGAAGGAGGAGUUCGUGAUUCUGAUCGGUAGAAACGGUCCAUCAAUUUGACUCUGAUACAGAUACUGGUCGCUCAUCUUCUAAGGUUAGAACAGUAUUCUCUUGCCCAUGAAUGCAGGAGACGCAGUGGAGCUGGGGAAACAGCUCUCCUCGCAAGAAAGCCCGCGACCAAAAACAAUUCCGGUAACGCGCGGACAUGGAAAAAAAAUUCAACCAUACCUCUAAGUCAAAAAACACAUAGAUGUCUGUCACUAAUUGUGGAGUUGUGGUACAGUGUAGCAUCUGUAAUGUUCGUC